AGGAUGGGAGUCACAUGGCCAAGAAGAUACUAAGCCUCACCCUGGAGAUUAUCUACCUGUUUGUUGGAGAGGAUUAUGAAGUAGUGAGAAAAACAUGUGCCUUAUGCACCUUCCUUAACCCCAUUGGCUCCACCUCCUUGGAGCAAUGACAAGAAGAUCCUAGAAGUUCUCCAGAAGAUCAUUGAUCUGCUGACAGGAGAGGUUCCUAUAAGGUGUCAGGGUGUCACGGUCUAUUUCUCCAUGGAGGAGUGGGAGUAUUUAGAAGGACACAAGGACCUCUACAAGGAUGUCAUGAUGGAUAAUCAGCCAUCCCUCACAUCACCGGAUGGAUCCAGUAAUGGGAACCCACCAGAGAGAUGUCCCCAUCUUCUGUAUUCCCGGGAUUCCACACAGGAAGGUCACACUAUCCUCCAUCAUCAUCAGGUAGAUGGAUCCAGUAAUGGGAACCCACCAGAAAGAUGUCCCCAUCCUCUGUAUUCCCGG